GGAGGAGGAGGAGGAGUGUGUGUUUGUCAGCAGACACUGAAGAACCGGAGUCCCAGCGGCAGUUCAGGAGAGUCUUGAGCGGGGAAAUCUCUGUCUAAUACGGGAGAACUCAGAAGGGGGAAUCCGCGAUGAGUUGGGGAACGGAGCUCUGGGACCAGUUUGAAAAUCUGGACAAACACACUCAGUGGGGCAUCGACUUUCUUGAGCGCUAUGCAAAGUUUGUCAAGGAGAGGCUGGACAUAGAGCAGAACUACGCCAAACAACUACGGAACUUGGUGAAGAAGUACUGUCCAAAACGCGCCAAAGAUGAGGAGCCGAGGCGAGUAAACUUUCUGCUUUUAUUUACUUCUUGGACGCAACUCAAUUCGCCCGGUCAGAGGGAGGUGGUGGCGGAGGAGAUGGCUCACAAGGUGUACGGAGAGCUGAUGAGGUACAGCCAGGACCUCAAAGCUGAGAGGAAGCACCAUCUACAGGAGGGCAGGAAGGCCCAGCAGCAUUUGGACCAUUGCUGGAAACAGAUGGACAACAGCAAAAGGAAGUUUGAGAGAGAGUGUAGAGAAGCGGAGAAAUCCCAGAUUACCUACGACCGGUUAGACAAUGACAUCAACGCCACCAAAUCGGAGGUGGAGAAGGCCAAAGCCCAGUUCUACCUGCGCAAUCACAUGGCUGAUGAGAGUAAGAACGAGUACGCCGCUCAGCUGCAGAACUUCAACGCAGAGCAGUGGAAACAUUUCAACAACGCCAUACCACACAUCUUCAAGAAUCUGCAGGACAUGGACGAACGUCGGACGGUGAAGCUCGGAGAGACGUACCGGAGCUUCGCUGAGGCCGAGCGGAGAGUCAUUCCCAUCAUCUCCAAAUGCCUAGAAGGAAUGGUUUCUGCUGCCAAAGCUGUCGAUAUGCGAAAGGACUCACUCAUUGUCGUGGAAUCGUUUAAGUCGGGCUUCGAACCUCCGGGCGACUUCCCCUUCGAGGACUUCAGUCAGAAUCUGAGCAGAGCGGGUUCAGACGGCACCAUCAGCAACACGCCCAAAGGAGACCGAGAAGGGGCCCCGGGGCCACGACCCGAUCCGAAACAUCCUAUGAGCAGAACCAAGAACAAGCUGUGGCUGUUUGGGAAGAAACCAAAGGCCCCAUCUCUGGAGGAUUUCAGCCACUUACCCCCCGAGCAGAGGAGGAAAAGGCUGCAGCUGAGGAUCGACGAACUCAGCAAAGAGCUCCAGAAAGAGAUGGAUCAGAGAGAUGCCCUGAACAAGAUGAAGGAUGUGUAUGAGAAGAAUCCACAGAUGGGAGACCCCAGCAGCCUGCAGCCCAAAAUAUCGGAGACCAUAUGUAACAUGGAGAAGCUGCGCUCGGAAAUUCACAAAAACGAGACUUGGUUAUCUGAGGUGGAGGGAAAGCAAAGCUCCAGAGGAGACAGAAGACACAGCGCUGACAACCACCAUCACACUCCUCAAGGCAGAGAGAGUCCUGAGGGCAGUUAUACAGACGACACCAGUCAGGAGCAUCACACACCUCACAAGCGGCCCAGUCCUCCACAGCCCGGCCAACCCAACCCCGACCCGCACGAGUUUGAUGACGAAUUUGACGACGACGACCCGCUGCCAGUCAUCGGACACUGCAAAGCGCUCUACUCCUUCGAUGGUCAGAACGAGGGGACACUAGUGAUGGCAGAAGACGAGGUGUUAUACAUCAUCGAGGAGGAUAAAGGCGAUGGCUGGACGAGGGCGAGGAAGCAGAGCGGAGAGGAGGGCUACGUUCCCACCACCUACGUAGAAAUCACCAUGGAGAAAAACUGCAAAGGUGCUGUCACCUACAUCUGAAGCUAACACUGUCUCUCUCAUCCUGUCUGUCGUCCUCUCCGUCCUCCCCGCUUUCUGUUCCUCGAAAUAACACUACAAAAAAAAAAAAAAA